AUGCUCUCCACUCUGCGUGUUGCCAGCCGUUCGGCUGCUGCCCGUGAAGCUAACUUCGUUGUUCUCGGUGCUAGACAAGCCUCGGCCUGGUCCAAGGUUCCCCAGGGCCCUCCCGAUGCCAUCCUAGGUAUCACCGAGGCCUUCAAGGCCGACUCUUUCAAGGAGAAGAUCAACCUGGGUGUGGGUGCUUACCGUGACGACCAGGGCAAGCCCUACGUUCUUCCCUCCGUUCGCGCCGCUGAGGACAAGGUCGUCGCCUCGCGCAGCGACAAGGAGUAUGCCGGCAUCACCGGUAUCCCUGCCUUCACCAACGCCGCUGCCGAGCUGGCCUACGGUGCCGGCUCCGCCGUUAUCAAGGAUGAUCGUCUCGUCAUCACCCAGACCAUCUCCGGUACCGGUGCUCUCCGCAUUGGUGGUGCUUUCCUCGAGCGCUUCUACCCUGGCGCGAAGAAGGUCUACCUGCCCAACCCCAGCUGGGCCAACCACAACGCCGUUUUCAAGGACUCCGGCCUCGAGGUCGAGAAGUACCGCUACUACAACAAGGACACCAUCGGUCUGGACUUUGAGGGUCUCAUCGAGGACAUCAAGGCCGCCCCCGAGGGCAGCAUCAUUCUGCUGCACGCCUGUGCUCACAACCCCACCGGUGUUGACCCCACCCAGGCCCAAUGGCGCCAGAUCAGCGAUGUCAUGAAGUCGAAGGGUCACUUCGCUUUCUUCGACAUGGCCUACCAGGGCUUCGCCAGCGGUAACGCUGACACUGAUGCCUUUGCUCCUCGCCACUUCGUUGCCGAGGGCCACAACAUCGCUCUGUGCCAGAGUUUCGCCAAGAACAUGGGUCUCUACGGUGAGCGUGUCGGAGCCUUCUCCCUCGUCUGCGAGAAUGCCGAGGAGCGGAAGCGCUGGCUCGGUGAGGUCAAGGGCAUGGCCGACCGCAUCAUCGAGAUGCGCUCGCUCCUCCGUACCAACCUCGAGAAGCUCGGCAGCAAGCACGACUGGUCCCACAUCACCAGCCAGAUCGGCAUGUUCGCUUUCACUGGUCUGAAGCCCGAGCAGAUGGAUGCUCUGGCCAAGGAGCACUCCGUCUACGCUACCAAGGACGGCCGUAUUUCCGUCGCUGGUAUCACCACCGGCAACGUUCAGCGUCUGGCCGAGUCCAUUUUCAAGGUUACCGGUUAA